UUCCCGGAGAGGUUGAGCUGGGGCGGGUUUAUUUUGCUUCCAAAUUCAGGGCGGCUGCCGCCAUGCGCUUUCGAGCCAAGAUCGUGGACGUCGCCUGCCUGAACCACUUCACCCGUGUGAUCAAUACAAUUGCCAAACUAGCCAAGACGUGCACUCUACGCCUUACAGUGGACAAACUUUACUUCAUCCUUACUGAUAAAGUGGCAAAUGGAGGGGUCAGCAUGUGGUGUGAGUUAAGUCAGGGGAACUUCUUUGAUGAAUUCCAGAUGGAAGGAGUAGCAGCAGAACACAAUGAAAUUUAUUUGGAGCUGACACCAGAAAACCUAUCAAGAGCUUUAAAAACAGCCCAGAAUGCCAAGACGGUGAAAAUCAAAUUGACUAACAAGCACUGUCCCUGUCUCACAGUAGCUGUGGAACUGCCCUCGUUAUCGAGCAGUAGUCGCAUUGUGACACAUGACAUUCCAGUGGGAGUUAUUCCCAGAAGACUGUGGAAUGAUUUCCGAGAGCCCACUGUACCAGACUUUGAUGUCAGUAUUUACUUACCAGUGCUGAAGACCAUGAAGAGUGUUGUGGAAAGAAUGAAAAAUCUCAGCAAUUGCAUUGUGCUUGAAGCAAAUUUAAACGGAGAAAUGAACUUGAAAAUAGAAACCGAUUUAGUGUCGGUCACGACCCAUUUUAAAGGUCUUGGAAAUCCUCCAUGGGUAUCAGAGGAUGGUUCGCAAAAUUCUACUCAAGACAGAGAUCCGGAAAGCAUGGCUGAGGCACGCAUAGACAUUCGGAAGCUCCUGCAGCUACUUGCUGGGCAACAAGUAAAUCCCACAAAAGCCUUGUGCAAUAUUGUGAGCAAAAGGAUUGUUCACUUCAUUUUGCUUCAUGAGGAGGUUUCCCUUCAGUACUUCAUUCCAGCACUUGCAUGAAUACUCUUCUACAGCUCAGCAGUUCUGCCAUCUGAGGCCUUGUCUACAAAGAGUGAAACAAGCAUAAAGAGUGGGGAUUUUGUGCAUCGAUGGGCUCUUGGUCUAUAAUAUUUAAUAAGUUGUGAUAUAUUUUAUAUUAUAUAUAUAUUUAUAGAAUUAUUGUAAGAACUUGAUUCCCAAGGAUAUUAUAUUUUUGUGUUGAUUAUAUAUUGGAUUAAAGUGAAAAUAUACGGAAAGUUGGCCC